AGUGUCCGCUUUGUGGAUCGAGAGAGCGACGGUUCAGCGGGACGCACGUGCUCGUGGCCGACUUGGACCCUAUUUAUCUCGCGCCCCUACUCGAAUCUGGAACCAUGAAUUCCUGCAUCCUUCGGCUUCUGAAAUUCAUCGUGGUAACUUGUGCCGAAUUGCGCGCGGUUGAACACGCGCCCCUCCUGUUGGAGAAAGUGGGCUUCGAAUCACUUGGGAUCAGGCCUGGGUCCCUUGCUGCGAGGUUCCAGGCCCGCUUCCCUCACAGCGUGGUGAAACGAAGCACAUUUAGCUUGCUGAAUCGGUGGGGCCAAAAGGGCAUACCGUUCUGGAUGGAGGUGGCGAUAAUGGUGCUGGCAGUGGAAGUCGCUUCGUUCGUCUUCGACACCAUCGUGGACAUUUUCGGCGUCGAUGCGACAAUUAUUCGUCUAUAACGAGCCUACGG